UAGGCCUUUCAGUGAAGUGGCUAGAAACCCACUGAUAAGGGCUAUUGUUGACCAUAGCAACAGCGACGGAGCCAUCUCCCAGGAAAAAUGGGGGACUAUCCGUCAGAAGAUGCUAGGCGUGUACUGGAAGAUCCUCAAGGAGAAUCCAGGACCCGCUCCCAAAAAACGAUGAUGCUGGUUGGUACCAGGUUCACAUUAAGCUGCUAGCUUGUUCAAAUGAGCGCUCUGCGCUUCUGCUCAAGCUAGCUAUUCAGUCCCUUGGGGAAGUGUGGCCAGGUGCAAGGUUGGACGUGAUCGCGGUAAGCGAAAUUCCUCGCAGACCGAGAUCAAUUGCCACCAUCCCAACUGAGUCACAUGACCCGGAGGAAAUAAUGGCAUUCCUACAAAGCGGAAAUCCUCAUCUACCUACCCAUGACUGGAAGGUGGUGAAGGUUUCCGCCCCGAUGGGAAAUGACAGAAAGGCGACUGUGGUCCUUAAUAAGGAAACAUUGGCGCCAUUGCGUGAAUGCGGAGGUAAAGUUUACUAUGGUUUUGAUAGUAUCUCCCUUCGCAUUUAUCGCAGUGACGCCGAACGCAGUGCCGCCGCCUCUGGUACUAAGCUGGAGGCUCCGCCCAAGGAGGAUAAUGGAAAGGCCGACGAUCCCGCUGGUUCUGAGAACCAAGAAGACUCCCAGUCUACCACAGGUACGAUGGGUGAGCUUCUUGGCAAUCUGAAGUUAGCGGAGGAUGGAGACAGUUCGCAGGAUUCCGAUCCUGAGGACGUCGACGUCACUGUCGUGUACGAUCCUGAUCUUGGAGAUGGUGAAGGUAACCCAGAUUAACCUUCACCACAUCAAAGCAGCAUCAGCUGCUUUACUCCUCCGGUUGGCUGAGAGAGGGGAGUAGCUCAUCUUGGUCCAAGAACCGUGGACCCACCACGGCAAAAUCCUUGGACUAUCUCUCAGAGGUUACAAACUUCUGUUCUCAAAUCCUGCAGUGAUGAGGAUACGGUAGCGGCGGCACUUGAGACCGGAAACUCCACCAUCUGGCUCCUUAGCUGCUAUAUGGCGCAUGACCAUGGUGAACAACCGCCAAACGACCUGGUCAGAGAUUUAAUGCGCGAAGCAAAUAGGCGUCACGUUCCUGUGAUAAUUGGCGCUGAUGCAAAUGCUCAUCACAGUGUCUGGGGCUGUUCAGACACCAAC